GGUCAGUAAUAUUGUCAACAUUGAUGCAGCUGCCUAACGUCAAUUCUGAAGUGGAUAGUCGUUCAAGUGUUUUCAGCGUUUAAGAGUAAAAGAGUAGAUUGAAACACAUAAUGGCCGACGAAGAAGAUGAUUACAUGUCUGACGCCUUCCUCAGUCGAAUACCUGACGUAAGGCCAGGUGUGCCAAUGGUGAAACGGGCGAGAGACGCAAUAAAAAAAGAGACCACGAUUAAGGAGAAGAAUCAACAGAACCGUCAGAAAACCUACAAGGAGCAGGAGCAGGAGAGUCGUGAAGCAGUUUUACAGAAUUCUAUCAGCAAUGAAAAUAAAGGAUUUGCAUUGCUGCAAAAAAUGGGAUACAAAGUAGGCCAAGGACUUGGCAAAAGAGGAGCUGGGAGAGUUGAGCCAAUUCCUAUGAACAUUAAAACAGACAGAGGGGGUAUUGGAAUGGAGGAGGUAAAGAAAAGGAAGGCAGAAAAGGAACUUGAAGGGUACCGACGGAAGGUUCGAGUGAAACAACAGGAGGAGAAAGAGUCUCUGGAGAACUUCAGGGUAAGGAAGAGAACAGAGAGAGAAGAACGUCAGACGGAAGGCGAUCUGAGGAGGAGCCAGCGAGCCUGUGAACAACUCGAUAGCCAGAAGGGUAUCACGGCGCCCAGGGAAUGUUGGUAUUGGCCAGAAAAAGAGAAAGAGGAUGAAGAUGAGGAUGAUGAUAAUGAUGAGGAGGAGGAGGAGGAGGAAUGCAGGAAAGAUGAGGAGGAGAAGAAGGAGGAGGAGCAGGACGAGGAUGAGGACGAGUUAACGUCGUUGGAUAAGCUACACUUUCUCACAUCUUACCUGAGGGGUGUCCAUUUUUACUGCAUAUGGUGUGGAACAACAUACAACGAUGAGGAAGAUCUGGAUUCAAACUGUCCUGGAGACACAGCAGCUGACCAUGAUUGACAUUGUUGAGGACAUAAUACUUUCAAUUCCCUGUUGUGUCUUUUUUAUAAGACGUGUAAAGACAACACAAGUUUUUGUGUAAUUACACUUAAAUAAUUGUGUGCAGGAAAGGAACCUGCUUUUUAUUUGUCAUUGUUGUGUUUUUGUUGUUAUUCAUGUUGAGAAAAUUAAAACAUUUUCAUUUCCAUACAUUCA